AUGUCGUUGCAACUCAUUUUGGACCACCCCACAUUCAACAAGACCCUCAGAUUUUUGGACACCACCCCUAAGCGGGAGAAGACCUACCGGUUGGUCGCCUACCUCUCUCGGUUCUUGUCUUACUACUUGCAAAGACAAGGGUUUUCCCCUGAGGCGGUCGCCACCUGUAUCUCGGUGAAGAACAAUGUCUCCACUAUCAGAAAAGCUAUGAGAUUCGGCAAGCCGUUGUGGCACAUCAGAGACGCCUCCAAGGUGUACCGCAACAAGAACUUGGCCUUCAGAUGGCUGCAGAUCUUCCGCAACUUGUUCUACGCCGGCUACUUGACCUGCGACGGGCUCGUGUUGCUUAAGGCCAUUGGCAUCAUCGACAAGGGUAAGCUCCCCAACGUCGGCACCUGGGCCGCCCGCUUCUGGUUGCUCGGGGUCAUUUCCAGUUUGCUCGGUGGCAUCCAAAAGGUCGUCAGCUACAACAAGUUCAAGAAAGAAUUGAGACAAGAAGAAAAGGACUUGGACAAGCUCAAGGCCGUCAACGAAAACUUGUACGUCGCCAAGCGCAAGAUUGUCUGGGACUUGUUGGACGGGUUCAUUGCUUUGAACACGUUGAAGUACUUGAACUUCACCGAAGGCGACAUCGGUUUGGCCGGUGUCAUUACGUCGCUCAUGGGCUUGACCGAUAUGUGGCGUGCCACCGCCUAG